AUGAUUACACUCAUUGUCGGAUUGGUCUUUGUGAUAGUGAUUGCAGCUGUCAACCUCGCCUGUAUUCACCAUGGGAUGGGCCGCCACACGUCCCGCAUUCCACCGUCCGAUCUAGUCAUUUUCUCCCAGCUCCUAUACGCGUUCGAGCCUCUCUACAUCACCACGGUCGGCAUCAUCAAAAUCUCCGUUCUUCUGAUGUAUCAUCGCAUCUUUCCAGUCCGUCUCAUCCGCUUUGCGGGCAUCAUCCUCGCUACCAUCACUGUCGCCUGGGUCAUAGCCGUCGACCUUGUCGCCAUCUUUCAGUGCAUGCCCCUGGAGAAAGCGUACAAUACCACCCUGGCUGGUCACUGCAUAGACCUCAAAGCCGCGUUGAUCGGCAAUGGGGUUCCGAACUUCGUCACGGACAUCUGCAUCCUCGCCCUACCCGGUCAGCUCAUCUGGAAAAUCCACGCAGGUUUCAGCCAGAGGAUCUCAAUCUUGCUUGUCUUCCUGAGCGGGAGUUUUGUCGUGUUCGCCAGCAUUUACCGAUUUAGUCUUAUCUUCUCCUUCGAGAUUAAUGAUAUCGCUUGGACCCUUGCCGACGCGGAAACGUGGUGUGUCGUGGAGACUGCAGCGGGCGUGAUCCCUGCUUGUUUACCGACUGUGAUCCCCAUGAUCAAGCAUACUUGUUGUGGCCUUGUUCAUUUGCUUUCUCAGACCGCGUACUCGGAUGGAGGGGUAGAGGAUAUGCUAUCCUGUGAGCCAGGAAGAAGUACAUAUGUGGGAGAGGUUCGUGUGGAUCAGGACCAUUCCUUCAAUUGGCAGCAGAGGUUUGCACUGGAGCGAUUAGAGAACAUGCAGAGGAUAGUACCUCGCAGCUGA